AUGAAAAUUGAUUUGUUUUUCAAGAACCAGAAGUUUCAGAAAUGUGAAAUGGAAUAUGGCGUUUAUGUGCAACACUCUGAUAAUAAUAUGACUCUGAAUUGUAAAGUUGUUGUGACACCAUCAGAAACCAAACAAAAAUUAGAUUAUGACUCUGAUGGUGAUUCUGUUGAUACUACAACUUUCAAACAGUUGGUUGGUUCUCUAAGGUAUUUAUGCAAUACUAGACCUGACAUUUUUUAUGCAGUUGGAUUGUUAGCAGAUUCACGAACAGAACCAGAAUUAGUAAGUUAUUCUGAUUCUGACUGGUGUGGAGACAAAGUCGACAGGAGAAGUACUUCUGGGUACUUGUUUAAAUUUCUGGGAGGUCCCAUUUCCUGGAGUUCCAAGAAGCAUCCUGUCGUGGCUCUGUCAACGUGUGAAGCUGAGUAUAUCGCAGGGGCUAUAUCUGCUUGUCAAGCUGUUUGGCUUCUGAAUCUCUUGCAUGAUUUGAAGGUUGAAGUUGAGGAACCUCUUAAGCUGAUGAUUGAUAAUAAGUCUGCAAUUGAUCUUGCCAAGAAUCCAGUGCUACAUGGAAGAAGCAAGCACAUUGAGACGAAGCAUCAUUUUCUCAGAAGUCAAGUGCAGAAAGGAGUGUUAGAAGUUCUGCACUGCAACAUCCAGAAACAGCUAGCAUAUCUUCUGACGAAGGCAGUUAAGACAUACCAAUUUCUUCGCUUGAGAGAUGAAAUUGAGAGGAUAACUCAUAUUGCAGUUGAGCGUAAUCGAAGAAAACAGAUGAAUGAGUACCUUGUUGUGCUCAGAUCCUUGAUGCCUCGUUCUUAUGUAAAAAGGGAUGAUCAAGCAUCAAUAGUUGGAGGCGCAAUCAACUUCUUAAAAGAACUAGAGCAUAUUAUCCAAUCCAUAAAAGGACAAAAGAAAACAAUAGAACAACAAUCACAUGAAAAUGGAUUCAAUAAUAGCUCAUCAUCACCCUUUGCUGAUUUUUUCAUGUUCCCUCAAUACUCCACGUGUGCACCUCAGAGCAACACGUGCUACCCUGCUAACCCUAAUCAGUCACGUGCCAUGGCAGACGUUGAAGUGACAUUGGUUGAUAGCCAUGUCAAUAUAAAGAUAAUGUUGAAGAAACAACAUGAACAUGUGACGAAGAUGGUUGUUGGGAUUCAAAACCUUGACCUCAAUAUUCUUCACCUCAAUGUUUCUACUCUCGAUCAUUUGGUUCUUGUCUCGGUUAGUGUCAAAGUAGAGGAAGGGUGUGAACUGAAGACGGUGGAUGAAAUUGCAGCUGCUAUGAAUCAACUAUCACUGAAAAUCCAGGCAGAAGCUGUAUUAUAA